AGUGGAUACUUAGGGAAAGGAGAGGCGUGAUGGAUAGAGUGAGCUGGGAUGGGAUCCAUUGGGACAAAAAGCCCGGGAGCGCAAGAGCGCGGGCCGCUCGCCGUGCUGCCGCUGCCGCUGCCGCUGCCGCCGUGGUGGUUCGGGUGUGGCGCGGGGGAGGGUGUGCGCGGGCGGUGGGCGUGAGAAGUAGAUAAGGCGGAGGGAGAUGGAAGGAGGAAGGACUGAAGGAAGGAAGGAACCUCGCUGGAGGGCGGCCCCAGCCAAGCCAUCUAGGUUUCUGCACAGCCUGGAGAAGAGAAAGAAAGCUUCAUGGUUCAUGGAUGACUGCUUUGCGCCUUCCCCUCUCACACACCCCUUGUCACCCGCCCACUCCCGCACUCCCCUCGUGGCCGUUCCUGCGUGCCAGCUACCUACCUAUCGCAUCGUUCGUAUCGCAUCGCAGCCAGCACCACCGCAAACCCACCACUCACGCCACGCGCUCCUCCCCCUUAAUACCGCGACGGGGCGCGCAGGCCACCUGCCCGAGCAGGCAAGUCCUCUAAGCGCCGCCGAUGCCUCCACCGCUCUGCUGCGAGCGUUCCUUGCUUGCGCGCGAAAGAGCGUGUGGGUGGGUGGGUAGGUUGGUAGUUUGGUGGUGGGAGAGAGAGAGAGCGCGCGAGAAGUGGGAGGACGGAGGGGCAGAGCAGCGUCUAUGGCUCUGUCCCCGGCAUCUAGCUCUCUCCAAGAUCCCAGCCUAGUUGGCCUACGCGACCGAGGCGCAACUUCCGUUGACGAGGAAGCUCCGCGCUUGGGGAGAUUAAAACUACUGUUAAGUGUAGGUAUGGUG